AUGUACGAAUUUUCUCGAUCGCAGGUAACCGAUCGUAACCGGGCCGCGCAAUCAUUCGGUAUACCUUCAUCCAACAUAUUCCAAAUACGCACUUCGAUGCACAACGUCAACAGACUACCCAAUGCAAUCCGUGGUCGAUCGGUAAAAGGUCAAAAAAACAAAAAUGUCCAAUUUUGCACUCACCUUGAAUACCGCCAACAUCAGCAGGACGACGGCGCGAAAAGCGGUGCCAUCCAUUUUCGGGUGGGCGGCAGUGGUGGCGAAAAAAUACUCGAGCGGCGGUUGUUUCGGGGCCGACGAGAAAACGAAAAAAAUCCCAAGACGGAUGUUCAAUAUACGAUAAAAACGUAA